AUGUCUUGUCAAGCUUGUCCAUCUUGGUACCAUGCACAAUGUAACGAUGUUUCUCAUCAAGUUGUCUUGUCGUUCGUUGUCUCUGAUACAAGAGAAAAUAGAACAAGCGGUUCAAUUCACCUCAAUAAACCAAUAACCUUGAUCAAUUCAAUCACGAUGGCAUUAGUCAAGACUUUCUUCUUCCAGCUUUCCCAGCCACUUGAUCCGAGUCUGAUUUUGAUAUCUCAUACGGAACACUCAUUAAGCGCUUCCAUCAAGGCGUCCGACGCAACUACGAAACAUCCUCACCAAUUUAGCCAAGUCUCCAGAAUUUCAUCCGUGUUUCUUCCUUCGUUUUCAAUGGGAGAAGGAGGUGAAGAAAAGACCCUUGAGAAAGCGGAAUGUACGGCAGAGAGAUUGUCAAAUAAUCCCAAGACUUAUUACGAUGUGUUAUAUUUGUGGUUGUGUUAUGAAAUUUCUAGUUCGCUUGGAUGUCACGGCUAUGUAAUGCUACAGCAACCUACAGUACCAGAUAUCUAUCAUCCUCUACAAUUAUCUGCUGCAUGGCGGAUGAUCGACCAUGGAUCAAUACUCAAAUGCUCGAAUGCUGAGCCUCAACAUUGCGCAAAUGGAAGAAUGGGAAUUGGGAAUGAUUUACCAAAAGAAGUAACCCUUCCAUACCGAUCCAUGCCAUCAAUGCUGGGAGAUACCAAACCCACUGAAAACACCAAACAAGUUACAACUUACAGCCCUCGUGGAAAGCUUAGAUCUACUUGUUGUCCAUGUCUUAAGAUUGUUUUGAUUUUUGUAUUGUGGGGUCUUAGUCGUGUCCUUCUUGGGAUCUUCGAGUGCGAAGGACUUCAUACCAUGGCGACCUGUUAA